GCCGCAAGCGAGGCAUAGCCCUUUGUUCGACUUAGCGUUGUCAACAGUCCCUUUGUGUAUGGGUCGACUCAGCGGCGAUGGGGGCUGAUGGGAACUCAUCGAAAUAUGCUGCCCUGCUUGGGUGCUUAGGCAUAAUGGCACAUUACAAAAUACACAUACAUCGCCAGGACGAUGUUGGCGAUAGUCUCGACAGACUUUAAUUUUAAGCGGACCUGCCUUCAAACUUUGUUAUGGACUGGUCUACUUUUUCAAUCAAGAUGUGACAGUGAAUGGACAGGUGGAAGCACAUCAGAACUGGGAAUACUAGGUCCACCCACCGUCCACAUCUCAACCACCACGAUCACGACAACAAUAGCAUACAACCCUGCUGCAGCACCACCAGAUUCGAUGUAUUCGUUAUUAGGGUGCUACGGACGAGGGGCCGGGGCCAGGUCCGGGCCUGGCAACCAGAACGGAAAUCUUUUCGGAAAAGAAGGGGACUAUGUUGUCCUCACCACGGUGCCUGAUGACCAGUUGACGAUACGGGCUUGCCUCGAAGGCUGUGACGAGUUGGUCCCGCUAAAGAAGACUUCUGACCAUUAUGGACUCGUUGGACUGAGUAAUGGAAGAGAGUGUUUCUGCGGAUUGAAACUUGUGGCAGAAGCUCGUAAACUUACUCUUGGGGAUUGCAACAUGCCUUGUACCGGCGAUUCAGGGCUAUCAUGUGGAGGAGCGGAUACUGUCGCCGUAUAUACUCUCAUCGUCGCCAGCGAGAGUGACAAGGUUACAAGCCAUGACAGAACCCAGGAUAGCAGCCAGAGCGAUGAAAAAGGAGACGAGAGCGCGGCCACCCCUACAGGAACUUCGCUAUCUUUCACUGUCGUCAAUACGAGUGCGGCCCUCAAAGCUACAGGUGGCCUAGAGCUUACAGAAACCGAAACCCUAGGAGGUUCACAGGAGACAUCAGGGAAGGCAAUCAUACCCUCAUCAUCACUUCUUCCCUCGUCAACACCAUCAGAUUCUCCUGAUGCUCCAACCACCGGACCUGCCAUCGCCGCGAUAACGGGCAGUGUCUCGGGCACCAUCAUCCUAGUAGCGUUCGUGGUUCUGUGUGUCCGAGCCUAUAAGCGGAAGAAGCUCCAGGAGGCCGCGCGUAAAGAGGCUGUAGUUAUACCCGAGAGCCAGCACGAGGACAACGACAAGCAGCUCACGCGACGACCGGCCCCAAGCGCGAUCGAUACUACGGGACAUCAACUCCGUGAUCUGAACAAAGGAACCGGACCUGUCGCCGGAGACGGCUAUGAACGUGGACAUGGCAAACGAGACGAGGAUUUAAGUACCGGCGCAUCAACAGACGGCGCAUACUUGGUGCCCUCCACGCCCGCCCUCGAGUCUGGUACCCGUCUCCGUCAUCCCGAGCACUCUGCACGCCUUGCAACAGCUCCAUUGCCAACCAUCGAAAGUGACACCCUGUACUUCAAACUAAUGGACGAAGUCCGCACCGGCCCUGGUGUAUCAGUAGUAGCGACCCCUUCGCCAUCCAGCCCGCCUCCGUCGGCAACAAGCUCAUCGGUCCAGUGGCGAGGAAAUCCCCUGAAUCCCCUGACGCCGUCGGCAGCAUCCACCGGCCAGUUCAGUUUCGACUUCAACGCCAAGCCCAGCGUGUCGAGCCCAACACCGGCUGCCCGUCCCGAAGCCACCCCUGGCGAUCGUGCUUGGCACAGGCGCAAGGUAUCUAAGACGUUCCAGCCGCCGGCCAGCGGACCUCCUUCUAUACCGCUGCCCCCCACGCCGCCUCGACGACAGCAGCAGCAGCAGCAGCGAGCUUUCGAUUCGGUGCACUUCACUCCCACGCCCGCGUCGAGGGUAAAGCCUGGCCACGGCCAGCACGAUAACGGCGAGAAGAAAGAGGGUGCUCGCGCCGCCGCAUUGCCCGCGGGCCAGGGCUCGGAAGCGGCAGAAACACCAGCGCCAGCGCCAGCGCUGAAGGACUCCCCUACGAUACCGCGAGCACAGGGGGAUUCUCAGGAUUUUCGACAAGUAGGAACCCCUGGACAGCAAACGAGCGGCGAAGGAAUGGGAGAAGUAGGAAUGCAGCUGAUGCCGCCUAGCACACCCGCGGGACCGUCUGGCUCUCGUCCGAAUAGGGAUACGAUCUACACGGUGGGAGAAGAAGAAGAAGAAGACUGGCCUGUCAACGGCGGCAGUGAGGCAGAAGGACCGGAAAUUUCGCCUGUGUCGACGGAUACGGUCGGAACGAGCAUUCUGUUCCCGUCGGAUGAUGAGCAUUAGGCGUAGUGUACCUAUGGCAUAGGUAGUAAAGCCAACAAUAUCAUGCGUUGUUUUACAUGCUACAGAUCUCUGGUAAAGAGAGAAACCACUAGGUUACAGGAGAAAUCAAUAUACUUGAUUCCACAUCAAACUGACCAUUUCUCACGUCGUCUAAGUGUCCUAAGGUAACCAACCAUUAAUCAUUCUUCUUCCUAUUGCAUCAAGGAACUCCAUACCUACUAAUGUACCCAACCUACAUUAAACGUCUCGUUUUGUAUUAUACCUAACCUAGGUACCUAACUAUCAAAGUAGCAAAACUCCAUUUCGUAUACCCAAGACGCCAUCUCAUCUCCCUCUUCAUCCCCAAGGGAGCGAACGAGGCUCGCGUAGAUAUGCUUCUGAAGACCAAUGUAUCUAAGUAAACCCAGCCCCUAUAUCCGGCAAGAGGCAUAUAGAUAAAGCCAAGUUCCCUCAUAGCAUACCAGCAACAACCAAUAUCGCCCCCAGCGCAACCCCCAUCAUACCCGUAACAACCGAGCCCUCCGCC